AUAUUUUAUUGAAAUGUCUCUUGAAAACCUUAACCUUAAAUUCAUGAUAUGUUCCUCUGAAAAAUCUUCUAAAAUACAACUAUUUUUAAAUAUUUCUAAACAUGAAUGUUUUAAGUCAGGUAUCUAAGUUUUUGACUACUUCAGGAACACCACUUCAAGUUGCUAUUAGGAAUGCAUCCAAAAAAACUGGUGGUAGUACAAAAAAUUCUAGUCCAAAAGUAAGACCGAAACAUAGAGGAUGGAAGAGGCAAGAUGGUCAUGAGGUGCAAGCAGGAACAAUAUUGGUACUUCAGAGAACUUUGCGAUUUCAUCCAGGUUUGAAUGUUGGCUUUGGUAGAAAUGGCACUCUCUUUGCUAUCACACCGGGUAAAGUGAUGGUAACAUGUGAGAAAGUCAACUUGAAUUGGGAUCACACUUGGGUUCAGCGUUGCCAUGGUACGAGAAAAGGAAUUGAUUUUUAUAAGAAAUACUUUAAUGUGAUACCAAAAGAACAACACAAUAAUUUCAAACUGAUCGAUCAGAUAUGAAUGAAUAUAUGUAAAUAGUUAAUAAAGAUGUGAAGUUCAA